AUGCGUCUCUACAGUAUAGACUCUGCAUACAAUCCCUGGAGAAAACUAACCCAGCCGAUGCAGGAUAAAAAUUCAGAGCUGAUAAGUGAAGAGCUGCCAGAAGUUCCUGUGCUUUACAGAGAUGUCUCAUCCCUUUUGCUUAUCCAGAUUUUAACCAUGCCUCAACCAUUGCACAAAGAACACUUCACCUGCAUUGUAAAAGUGCUGUUCACUUUACUGUAUACUCAAGCCUUGGCAGCACUUUCUGUUAAAUGCAGUGCUGAAGAUAGGAUGGCAUGGAAAGAGUCAGGAGCUCUCAAAAAGAAUACAUCCAGUGGAGAAAACUCUUGGGAAGUAUUGCUGGGUCAUGUGAUUAGUGAGCUGUCUAAGGGGAAGAUCUAUGAAGAAGGAGAGACUGAAGAAUUAGCAUAAUUGCUUCCUCCCCUGCAGGUAAAUCCUGAUUCUGUAGAGUGCUAUCUGCAGCAGUUCUGCCUGCCUUUCCUCAGGAUCACAAGCCUUCUUCAACACCAUCUCUUUGGAGGGGAUUUGCCUAGUUGUCAGGAAGAUGAAGAAUUCACAGUCCUUGCAAGCUGCCUGGGUCUAUUACCAUCUUUUCAGUCAGCUCAUCAGUUCACCAGUGCCUCUUGUCUCGAUUGGCCAGUGCCAGCGUUUGACAUGAUAUCACAGUGGUGCUCAGAAUUGGCUUCAUUUGCAGACAGACACCCGGAUCAAGUGAAGGCUUUGCUUAUCCAGGAGCCGAAGUGGGACUUGCCACACCUCCUUCAGUUGCCUGAGAAUUAUAAUACCAUUUUUCAGUAUUACCACAGAAAGACUUGUAGCGUUUGUACCAAGGUUCCUAAAGAUCCUGCUGUUUGUUUAGUUUGUGGUACUUUUGUAUGCUUGAAAGGACUAUGCUGCAAACAACAGAGUUACUGUGAAUGUGUACUGCAUUCUCAAAACUGUGGAGCUGGGACAGGAAUAUUCCUUUUGAUUAAUGCAUCUGUAAUCAUCAUCAUACGAGGCCAUCGGUUCUGCCUUUGGGGUUCUGUUUAUCUGGAUGCACAUGGUGAAGAAGACAGAGAUCUUAGGCGUGGUAAACCUCUCUACAUAUGCAAGGAAAGAUACAAAGUGCUUGAGCAGCAGUGGGUGUCUCAUACUUUUGAUCAUAUCAAUAAGAGAUGGGGGCCACAUUAUAAUGGCUUGUAAAUCAUCAUCAUCCACACAUCGGUCACUGCUGUUACCAUGAAUGAAUGCAUCCUGACUGACAAUAGCUUUAACUGAAGGGGAGUUUAGCUCUUUGGCUCGGGGUGGACUGGGGUACGGGCAUAAAAGGGAAAUGGAACUUUGUCAACAUGUGAAAUCUUUGCAAAAUGAGCUGUUGUUCCUACUACAGAAUGAUACAAUACUGAAAUUAAAUCCUCAAAAUGGUGUGAGCAAUCUGAUUGCACUCAGUAGUCCCAUUUUUCUUGUGUUUUUUUUUUUUUUUUAAAAGCCCAUUAUUGUUAAGAAGCACAAGUUUUACUUACAGUUGUUUAGAGGCUCCAGAGGUAGCUGUCAGGUUUUUAUUUUUCUCUGCAUGGAGUUGAGUUUUUAGCAGUUCUUGCUGAAACAGCGUAUAUGUCUACUACAUCUACUAAAUAUGUCGGAUAAAA